GGCUUGGGCAGAGGGGCACAUCCACACUAGUGAACUGGACCUUUCUGCAUUGCAACAUUGCAGUAGCCUGUCGUCCCAGCGGCCAAGCGCCAUUCCGAGUGUCCCGCACCCUUGUCUGCUGUCAACAUGCCUCGCGUGAAAAUGCCAGCGAAGAUGGACGACAAGAUGCGCGCCUUCGCAGAGAAGGUAUUUGCAUCAGAUGCAAAAAGUGAGGAUGUGCGCGAGGAGAUCUCUCUGUUUGAUGUGGCCGAGGACUGCCCCAUCAUCCACCAACAGAUGGCCCAGCACCUGCAGGAAGAAACCAAGGAGAGCACAGAGAGGCGUAAGAGGCUUCUCCAACGUGCUAGAUCCCUUAGCAUGUCAACAGUCCCUACUGACGUGCCAUUUUCAGGGGCACCGAUGUCCCCUUUGCCAGAGGUAGACACACCCACUUACCUGGAGGUACCUGAAUUCCAGAGGGUGGCCAUCCUUGGGGACUAUGCUGCUGGGGUGACAAUGGAUGAUUUUGAGAUAUCCUGCAAGGGCCUGUAUCGUGCCCUGUGCAUCAGAGAGAAAUACAUGCGCAUGGCCUACCAGCGCUUCCCCAUGAUCACUUCGCAAUACCUGCGCUUAAUUGAGGGUCAUGAGUGGAGACCUGAGGACCAGGUGCUGCCAGUUUUUACACCUCCACCCAAAGAGGGUGAUGACCCCUUCUGCACGAAGGACCUGCCUGAGAACCUGGGUUAUGUGGCACACAUGCACCAUGGCGUCAUCCAUAUCUACAAAACGGAGGCAGAUGCAGAUGAUCACAAACCCAUUGACUUGCCCAUUAUUGACUAUGACACCUUCAUUGACGACAUGAACUUCCUCAUUGCUUUAAUUGCUCAAGGCCCUGCGAAGACCUAUUCCCAUCGGCGCCUGAAGUUCCUCCUGUCUAAGUUCAAUGUGCAUGAGAUGCUGAAUGAAAUGGAAGAGAUGCGUGAGCUGAAGAACAACCCUCAUAGGGACUUCUACAACUGUAGGAAGGUGGACACUCACAUCCAUGCUGCCGCCUGCAUGAACCAGAAGCACCUUCUGCGCUUCAUCAAGAAGUCCUACCGUGUGGAUGCCGACCGCGUGGUGCACAAGCUCAAGGGCAAAGAGGUCACAAUGAAGGAAUUAUUUGCCUCCCUCAAACUCCACCCAUAUGAUCUCACCGUCGACUCGCUGGAUGUGCAUGCUGGCAGACAAACCUUCCAGCGAUUUGACAAGUUCAACGCCAAGUACAACCCAGUGGGUGCCAGCGAGCUGCGAGAUCUCUAUCUGAAGACCGAGAACCACAUCAACGGAGAGUACUUUGCCAACAUCAUAAAGGAAGUGGCGAAUGACCUUGAGGAAGCCAAGUACCAGUACGCAGAGCCCCGGCUCUCCAUUUACGGGUGCAAUGCAAACGAAUGGAACAAGCUCUCCUGUUGGUUCAACAGGCACCGUGUUUACUCCCCCAACCUCAAGUGGAUGAUCCAAAUACCCCGAAUUUAUGACGUCUUCAGAGGCAGGAACUUUGUGCCCAACUUCGGGAAGAUGCUGGAGAAUAUCUUCCUUCCUGUUUUCCAAGCCACCAUCGACCCCCAUAGCAAUCCUGAGCUUAGUGUUUUUCUGAGGCAUGUUACUGGAUUUGACAGUGUGGAUGAUGAGUCCAAGCAUAGUGGUCACAUGUUCUCCACCAAGAGCCCCAGACCAGAAGAAUGGGACAUUGCCAAGAACCCAUCCUACACCUAUUACAUCUACUACAUGUAUGCCAAUGUCAUGAUGGUCAACCAGCUCCGCAAGCAGCGAGGAAUGAAUACUUUCCUGUUCAGACCACACUGUGGAGAAGCAGGAGCCAUCACUCACCUGCUGGCUGCAUUCAUGACUGCUGACAACAUCUCUCAUGGACUGAACCUCAAGAAGAGCCCUGUGCUACAAUACCUGUACUUUCUGGCCCAAAUUCCCAUUGCCAUGUCUCCACUCAGCAACAACAGCCUUUUCUUGGAAUAUGCCAAGAACCCUCUCCUGGAGUUCCACCAGAAAGGCCUGGUGGUGUCCCUGUCCACUGAUGAUCCCAUGCAGUUUCAUUACACCAAGGAGCCACUGAUGGAAGAAUAUGCCAUUGCAGCCCAGGUGUUCAAGCUCAGCACCUGUGACAUGUGUGAAAUCUCCCGGAACAGUGUCCUCCAGAGUGCCCUGUCCCAUGAGGAGAAGCUCCAUUACCUGGGUGAUAGCUACCUAAAGGAGGGGCCUGAGGGUAAUGAUAUACGUAAAACCAAUGUAGCACAGAUCCGGAUGGCCUUCCGCUAUGAGACCCUGUGCUACGAGCUCAACCUCAUCAAGAAUGGUGGCAAGUCAGAGUGAGAGCUGUCCAGUUCCAGACCCCACUUUGCUCAAAUUUUAAUGUUUCCAUUAGCAAAUCCAAUUUUUGCAUGGACUCUACAUUCUAACAAUAAAAGUCAAUGAGUUAAAUUAAAA